AGCUCAACUCGCCUUGCGUCUCUAUCCUUAAACAAAUCAACUGAACAUUCUUUCCUCUACAUCCGGUCAUGUAGUAAACAAAAUGCCCGCCUCUGGUUUUAUAGUUCUCAUUUUAGUUCUGCUCGUAACAUGCGAGGCCGAACCAGCCACCGAAUUCGUUGAGGCGUCGGACGGAGGCAGCGCAUCUCUUCCGUGCAAUUUGAACCCUCCAGGAACGUCCGACAAAAUUAGUGUAGUGUUGUGGUAUAAAGGUGCCGAGCAAAAUCCGAUUUACAAAUAUGACGUUCGCGGAAAUCAGCCCGUGCGUUGGGCCGAGGCGUCGCUACAAAACAGAUACUUUUUGAGAAUUUUGGACGAUCACAGAGCCAUAAUGAGUAUCAGUCCUACGAAACUUAGCGACGAAGAGGUGUACCAUUGCAAAGUUGAUUUUAUGAAGAGCUCGACGAUGAUUACUCAUAAAGCUUUGAAUUUAACACUUAACUCUUGA